AAUAAGUAUAUGCUUUGGCUUAGUUUAAUCAGUAUAUAUGUUUCACCUAACAUUAGUUUAUUUUUGUUACAUGUAACUGUUGUUGACUGGACUUACUAGACUCAUUGGAUAUUGGGCUUACUAGCUUCUACUGGGCUGCUGACUAACUACUGGGCUUACUACCGAGUUGGGAAUGGGUCUGAUAUAAACGAGUACUCUCACCUAAUACAGAUUAUUAUUCAGUCAAGAUCACAUUAAGAUAUUCUUCACAAGUUCACAUCUCUCUCUCUCUCUCUGGAGUGUGACGAUUAGGGGUUUCUGUACAGGUUCUGAGUUCACAUUGAACCAGAUUAUAGUGAUUCUUAUCUAAUCAUUGUCAUAUAAAGAUUAUCAUUGUGGUAAUCUUUGAGAGUUAUUUUUAGAGAUGUUAGGCUUAUAUCUUGAAUCGGUUUUUUGUCAUAUUUUUGGAUAAUAAAUCAUUGUGGUUUGGGUAUUCGUUGUAAUUCUGUAGAUCUCGAUCAGAUAUCAUGUUGUUUUGACAUGGUAUCAAAGCCUUACGUUCCUGAUUCGCCGUCUUCCGCACUUGUAUUUGAGGUUCUUGGAAUCUAAGGUUUUUUUAAGUUAUCCUUGAUUCGAGAUAUCAGAUCUACGAUUGAUUGACGAUGUUUGUUCCUGAAUCGAUGUUGUCUCCCAAGGAUUCAUUACGGUGGUCGAAGGUUAGAGGAUCUUGAAGAACUCGUGUCUAUAGGUGAAGGAUGCGGGCCCAGUCGUCGGAUCAUUAACACCGUCAAAUAAGCAAGAUUACAGAGUCUCCUUUCAUCUGCCGUUUUCUAAAUAACCCUGUUGGUGAUUGGUUGUGUUUCUUGAAACAUGAAGAUACCCGAAGAUAGGGUGCACCCAAGGUCAGAUUGUUUCAUACUUUCUUUAUAAAUUUUUGUAUCACGAAUUACUGUUGUUUAGGCAUUGUUUGACCGGGUUAGGGAGACCAGUAUUGUAUACAGGGAGAGCCACACCCUGUUUUUAAUUGUACUGAGUGUGCAUAUGGUUAUGUGAUCUUGACUGUUCUAUUAGGUGUUAACAUUGGCUCUAACUAGGUAUGGGUAAACUAAUCGUUGUGUGCUCUUGGGUCCGCUCUUCGGUUCAUUUGUUGUCUUUAAUUUCACAUUUGUGGUUAUUAAAAACAAAACUAUGACUUAUUGUUGGUAUUGUUUAAAAGAAACCUGAAUAAAGUCUAUAUGUUCGUUUUCUAACUCAAUGGGUAGUUUAACCAGAUAUCGUCUGUGUAUGUUUUCAUAUAUUGUUAUUGGUCUUCAUUUAAAACAAGUUUUCUUGUGGUUUGGAUUUGUUAAGUCAUUGAAAGAUGUGGUUUGAACUUGUUUUUACAUGAUUAAUAAAAUUUUCUCAAUACCAAUAUUCUUACACUUUUGUUUUUAGAUUUAUGGCCUCUAUACUAAAAUUCUGAUUUUUAUGCACGAAGUCUUAAAACUGAUGUAUUGAACAUAGAUUUGUUCUCAAAAAGGUUCGUAUUAUGUUCUAUAAAAGGAUAUAUAAUAAACCAAUAAUACAUUUAAAAAAAAUAAUAUUGUUUUCUACUGGGUGUUAUACAUUGAUGUAUUUGAGAUGAUAAUAAUAUUCGGUUCUAGGAAAGUUAUAGUUCUUUUAUAUGUGUAACUGUGAUAAAUAUUGUUUUUCUUGUAAAGGUUAUACUAUCUUGAAGAUAUGUUCUUCGAUAGUGUUUGCCUUUAUUUCACUGGUCUUGGAUUCUUCAUGUUUAGAGUCCGACCGUAGUGAGAUUUGUGUAGGAUCAUUGUGUUGGUGAUCUUAUUUGGUUCUUAUUCGUCUCUUUGAGACUUCAUCGCCGAUCGUAGUGAUGUUAGUUCACUGGUCUAGGUGAUGCUUGUUUUUUUCUUCCACACUGGUCUAGGGCCGUUUGUAGAUUCUUCGUGUUGUUGAGUCUAGACCCGUUAGAUCGUAGUGUUGUUUCUUGAAUGGUGUUAUAGCCUUGUGUUGUCUCUUAUGUAAGAGAUAAUUUUUGUCUGGUAUGGAAGUGUGUACUUCUCGUCAUUUUCAGACUUGGUUUUUUAAUCUUGUGAUUCAUCUUUUCUAAAAGGUCGUGUUGACUUUUUUUUUCUUAUCAGAUAUGUUUCCGGUAGUUUUGUUGAAUCGUGUGAUUCAUUGUUUGUUCACUUGUUGUGAGGCACAUCGUAGAUCUAGGGUGUAUCGGAUAGUAAAUCUGUUAGAUCUGAUGUUGUUCUUGUAUCAAUGAGGGUAUUAGAUCAGAAAUGUUCAUCUUCACUGUGUGUUGUCUUAGAAGUCUCUAGAGUAAAUCUGAGAUCUAGGGUUUAUUGUAUGUUGAACUUGUUAGAUCUUGUAGGUUUUGUCUCAUCCGUAGAGGUUUUGUAAAGAUCUUUAACGCCGUUUUGUUAUGUGGAGUUCGUUUGAUCAUCAUCUUCUAGUUCUAGUUCUAGGGUUUCACUCAUUUUCUUGCAGUUUUUUUUUCUCAUAUUGAUCUAGGGUUUGAACAUAUAUUGAUUCGUUUACCUGUUAGUUCGAAUAAUGUGUGAGAAUAGAUUGUCAUGUUGAUGAUCGAAGUGUGAUUCUUGUUGAGUGUUUUAGAUUUCUUUGAUCAGAUUUGAUCUUGUUUGUUGUUCAUAUGUUUGUGAUUCGUGAAAGAUGUAUUGGAAAAAUAAACAAAACAAUCUUGAGUAUAUGAUAUAUAUAAUUUACUAUAUCUUGAUGGUUUUUUGUUGUAUGGUUAGUCGAACCAUGUGGCUCAAGUGUUUUUUAACCAGUUGUGUUGUCAAGAUUGUUCUUGAAUAUGUUGUACAGUUUUUUUUAAUUUUCUGGUUGGUAAGAUGUUCUUUUCUAGUUGAAAAGUUUUCUGGUUUUAUUUGACUAUGAGUUUUUAGCUGUAAAGUUGUUAUCUGAUGUAGAAUUGUAUGAUUCUAGGUUUAAUCAGAUUUGUGCUUUGAAUCGUGUUAUUCAAAAGUUUCAGACUUUGUUCUGAGUUGUGUAGAGUUUCAUAAUUCUUUGUUUUUCUUAGAUAUGUUAACGAUGGUAAUAUAGAAUCUUGUGAUUCCUUAAUGGUCAGACUGCGAGAGUUCACAUUUCUUCUUUAGGGUUCCGAAAGGUUCUUUCAAUUAUCACUCAGAUUCUCUCGUGUGCUAAAUUUAGGACUUGAUCGUAGUUCUUUGUUUGGAGAACUGAUUAUCUAGUAAAUUUAUUGAGGUGUUGGUUUGUUUCAAAUUAUCUUGUGAUUGAUCUAUGAGUGUUUGUUGAUAAACUCUUGUUGUUUAAGUUGAGUUUAUGUUGAAUAAAGUUUUGAAUAGUCCAGAAGUUUCUUCGGGGUUUUUGGUGAAAAGUAUCUUAUUGUUCAAUCUGUUUCACUUAUUUGUUCAAAUUCGUCUAUCUCAUAUGCUAAAUCUAGGAUUGUUUUUGGUUCUACAUGUUGAAGGAUCUAUUUUCUGUUAUUCAAACAAGAUGAUCUGUAUGUGUUUGAAGGUAUACUGGACAAUUUUUUGAGUUGAAUAAAGUUGUGUUUUGAAUAAGAUGAUCUGGAUGUGUUUAUUCAAUUUUUGGUUAAUAAAACAUCUUGGUUUGUGCUUUCCCCUUAUAAAAUAUCUAGCCACGUUGAAUUUGUGUUCUGAAUGGUAUUCAGUGGAUUAGUGCUAAAAGUACCCCGGUUGUGUCUAGUGUUUGAUUGUCUUUUAUGCUUGGUUCCAUUGUUUGGUGGUGACUGGUGUGCCAACUGUAAACCAUAUUAGGGUUACCAUUUCCUAAUGAUUCGUGCCCAUCACGAAACUGACUGAAAGCCAUUUGCCCUACCGAAUUAAGGGGGAAUGGCUGUCUGAUUGUAACUACAUGGGGAUUAUAUUUGCUUUUUGUGGUCACAUGUGAGAUUGACAAACUUCUGACCGAAACGUUGCUGAUUGUUUUGGGGGUCGUCUUGAUUAAGACAAUGGCUGCUUCUGUAGAUACCUUGACAUCUGACCAGCAUAAAGCAGUAAAAUAUGAUGACUGGACAAUCAUUUUGCCACGUCGCAAGAAUCAGAAACGAAAAUUUUUAAACUUAAAACCGUAAUACAACAGCUAAAACAAACACAUUGGACUCCUACCGAUCUAGAAACGGCCCCAGAAAGAGAACUACAGUUAAUGCAGAAGAUGCAAAUCUGUAUUGAAAAACUCAAGAAAUCUCAUUUUCUUAGUGUUUUUCUUGAUCAAAUUUUACUUCUGAAGCGUCAGACCAUUUUCGUAAGGUUACAGGAUCAGAACACAAACUAAACAUGGUGAUAUACGGUAUUGAUAACAUUGAAUCCUUCGAAUCGCCUCGUUUACAACUUAGCCUCGCGAUUCUCAUGAAAAGAAAACUCGAUUGGGUUGGAGAAAUAGAGGUUUUCGAUCCAAUCAUUUAGUUGACUGAGUCAAAGGUCUUGGAGGCGCUAAAAUGUCAUGUUCUUUCGGUGAAUGAGCAAGGCAUGAGAAAAGUUGUGAACCCGAUUCUGUUUUUCAUGCCACAUUGUGAAGCCGAGCUAUACGACAAUAUUCCAAAGACGAACUGGAAACAUGACAGUUUGAACAAAAUCAUAUUGUUCGGCAACAACUUUGAGAAAUAUGAGCAACAUCACUCUGUGGUCCGGGGUUCAAUGUUGGAUGAGUCGAGGAAGCAUUUACUUGCCAUACGACCGUUCAUGAAAGAGUUUGAAAUUUCUACCGUCUCGGAUGAUUAUCUUCGAGCCUUUCAAGGUUCAAGUUGGCAUUUUUUAGUGUUGGCCCGAAUACAAACAUGCAACUAUUAUGCUAAAAUUUAGUAUCUGUUAUUGAUCUAGUAAUUGUUGUUAAUACAUGUAAUUUUUGUUAAUUUUGCAUAAUACGCUUACUGGAGGUGGGCUACCAAAGGUAUGAAGUUGGGCUGCUUCAAAGAUGGGCUAAUGCCUGGUCUGCUUAACAGAGGUGCAGAUACUUGGUUCACGUCUGGGUCAGGACACGGCACAACGCUUCCAUCAAGUGGGCGUGGUUCAAGUCGAUUUGUAGUGUUCAGGGAAGUGUUAUUUUGAAUUUGCAUUUGAUCAUUGAUGUUUGGAAGAUCUCAGCUUUAUCCUUAAGUCUCCAGGGAAAAUUUUCAUUUAAGUCGAUGAUGAUUAUUUGGUAAGAAAAAGGGAAAGAAAAAGGUUUGAGUAUAUAGUUUUUUAAAGUACUUCUUGGUUUUAUUAAACAUAUGGUUAAACAUGUUUAAAUAUGUUUGACUGUUAAACUGAGGGGGGUGCUAAAAUAAGUAUAUGCUUUGGCUCAGUUUAAUCAGUAUAUAUGUUUCACCUAACAUUGGUUUAUUUUUGUUACACGUAACUGUUGUUGACUGGACUUACUAGACUCAUUGGAUAUUGGGCUUACUAGCUUCUACUGGGCUGCUGCCUAACUACUGGGCUUACUACCGAGUUAGGAAUGGGUCUGAUAUAAACGAGUACUCUCACCCAAUACAGAUUAUUAUUCAGUCAAGAUCACAUUAAGAUAUUCUUCACAAGUUCACAUCUCUCUCUCUCUCUCUCUCUCUCUCUCUCUCUCUGGAGUGUGACGAUUAGGGGUUUCUGUACAGGUUCUGAGUUCAUAUUGAACCAGAUUAUAGUGAUUCUUAUCUAAUCAUUGUCAUAUAAAGAUUAUCAUUAUGGUAAUCUUUGAGAGUUAUUUUUAGAGAUGUUAGGCUUAUAUCUUGAAUCGGUUUUUUGUCAUAUUUUUGGAUAAUAAAUCAUUGUGGUUUGGGUAUUCGUUGUAAUUCUGUAGAUCUCGAUCAGAUAUCAUGUUGUUUUGACAAUGGGGCAUAGUUCAAAAUAGUUUUCGAUGAAGGCAAUGAAGAAGUUAAUUCAACGAGCACUAGGUGACACAAAGGAACAUACAAGUAUCGUCUCAAUGGUGCACCUUUUUGUGGUGAAUCGAUUGAGACAACGGAACAUCUAUUCACAUCAUGCCUAGUUGCCUCGGUGGUAUGGUAACAUAUCAGUUCGUGGUGCAAAAUUUUGUAAAUUUCGCUUUUACGGUAAGGGAUCUGUUCGAGUUACAUAACAUGGUUGUCCAAGACGAGGAAAAAAGGAUAUAUCUCACAAGAUAAUCAUCACAACAUGUUUGGAGUAUUUGGAAGACAGGAAAUGAAUUCAUUUUUAAGAAUAAACCGUUGCAGAUAGAGAAACUGAUCGAAUACACAAAAUCAUGCGAGUUUCUAUGGCUAAGGAAUAGAUCAAGAUUCAAGAAUAUGAGUUGGAAGAAUUGGUAUAGUUUUAAUUUUAUGUAAGGAUAUAUAAAUUGAUGUAAUUUUGUUGUCACCCUUUUUUAGGGUUGUUUACGAGCCGAACUGAGCCGAGCUAAGGCAAAACUCGGGCUCGACUCGAUUAUAAACCAAGCUGGCUCGGCUUGGCUCAGAUUUGAAACCAAGCUGGAAAUCUAAGCUCAGGCUCGGCUUGGUUUUAAACCGAGCUGGCUCGGAUUGGCUUGGUUUGGCUCGAUUUUGAAAAGAAAAAUUAAUACAUGGCUCUCAAAAUUCAGUAAUCUAAAAUAUUAUUCAAUAAUUCAAAAGAACAUAUCCAAAAUAAACUCAACCUAAUACAUUACAAGCCAAAAUCAAGUUUAACAACUCAAAAUACGUUCUUAGUUUCAACGAAAUACAAUAUAAGAUCAUUAGCAUGGUAAUUAACCUUUAAAUAUGGUAAGAUAUCAAAUUACACUCCUAAUCAUAUGUAAAUAAUAAUAAGCUUUUGUUAUAUAUUAUAAUGUAUAUAAAAAUAAAAUAUAUUAAAAGUAAAAUAAUUCAAGCUAAGCCGGGCCGAGUUGGUAUGCGAGCCAAACUGAGCCAAUUCGGCUCGUUUUCAAACCAAGCCACAUCAAACGAACUUUUCCCGAACUAAAUCUGAGCGAGCUCCGAGACGCAAACUUUUUGGACAACCCUACUGUUUUGGUGGUAUCGUUUAAUGAAAUUUUCCAUUAAAAAUUAAAGGGUUAUUGGAUUUUAUCACCCCCAACUAUUGGCUAUUGGCCGCUGCCACCCCCAACUAUCACUUUGACGCCCGUCACCCCCAACUUAAUACCUAGUGUGUUUUAUCACCACAUCGUUAAUUGAUAACUAACUUUUGAUCCUGCUACUAUACUUUUGGGGGUAUUAUAGGGAUCUUACGAAGGUUUUAGGGAUCUUAGGACACCCCAAAUGUAUACUAACAUGAUCAAAAGUUAGUAAUCAGUUAACGACAUGGUGACAGAACACAUUAAGUGUUAAGCUGGGGGUGGCGAGCGUCAAAGUGAUAGUUGAGGAUGACAGCGGCCAAUAGCCAAUAGUCAGGCGAUAAAAUCCAAUAACCCAAAAUUAAAAAAGAACUAAAAAACAUAGUUAACCUUCAGUCAAUACAAAUACCACCAAUCAAUCAAUAUAACGUUAUUCAAAAAGCACUUUUAUUUCUACACCUACUUUGUCCUCAUCUCACCCAAAAAGACUGCCAAAAAGCCUGCCACUCAUCAAUACAAAACAAAACCAUUCUUCCCCUUCAUUGAGCAUCAAAUACCCAUAUCACAAAACCCACAAAUUACGUCAUUUUCCCCCCAAAAAUUCAACCUUUUUCCUCCAUCAAUGAGUACUCAAGAAGACCCAAUUUCCUCAUACUUAGGCAUAAGUUUCGCACUCUUUCUAGCAACCCUUCCAACACGCUCACUUUCCUUGAUCCCAUAUCUACAAACCCACAACGAAUCACUCGCUAAAAAGCUCUUAAACGCUGAAGAACAGCUGGAACAGCUGUACUCACGGAGAAAAGAAGAUUAUAAAGCGAAUGCGAGGGUGGUUGAGAUAUUCGCCAGCCACCGUCACGGGUGGCAGCAGGAGGAGAAGCGGCUGCUCCGCCAGAUCGAUGAUGACGUGGAGGAAAUUGCUAAUUUGAGGGCUAAAAUUGAAGAUCUUGAAAUUAGGGUUCUUGAGUUGCAGAGGGAGGUGAGUGAGAGAGAUGAGUUGUUGAAUUUUAUGAGUAAUAAUAAUAAUAAUAGGGAUGAUGAUGGAGAAUUUUAUGGGAAAUUUAGGGGUUCAGAUGAAAAUGUUAAUUGUAAUGAAAAGGGUUAUUAUAAUGUGGAUGAUUUGGGGUCUGAUGUUUUUGAUGGGCAUAACAACAUGUUGUUUAAUGGUUUGGAGUUUUCGGAUUCUGCGGUUUCGAAGUUCUUGGCUGAAAGAUCGAAUUCGUGGCAGGGUGUACAAUACGAACCUGUUGAACGAGUUCAUAAUUUAAAGCAUUGUGUUACGAGGAGAGAGUCCCCUUGGAAGGUGGACGGUGAUUCAUCCGGUGUGUCCGCAAAAUUGAAACUUCUAGAACAAGAGCUUCAAAAUUUGGAAAAUAUUGGUGCAAACGAUUUGUCGAAAGUUCCAUCGUUAAUGAAGAAACAGGCAAAAAGAUAUCAAGCUCUUGCUGGAAAAAUUGAUGAUCUUUGCAAAAGAAUGCAGGAGAACGAUCCUUGUGAACCAAAUGCGGGUUUAGAGUUCCGAACACAGAGACAAACAGAGUUUUUACUGGAAGCAUUGCGGCUUCAGCAACGAGCAUCAGAAACAGGGCAGAAGUUGAUGGCGUUACAGACAGAAACAGGGACAGGGUGUAACUACGGUAACGAUCUGGUGGAAGGCCGAGCAAGAUUAACCACCAGUCUGUCGUUGAACUCCAUCAGAAACAAUUUCAGGGAUAUUCAGAGGAAUUUGGAGAUAUGGUUAGCAAGAAUCAUCGGAGACGUCGAAGGAAUUUUGGCGAGAGAUGGCGCAUCGCGUGUAAACGAGUACUAUAUAUCUCAACGGUAUCCGUUUGUUCAUCAGGAAGGAUUCUAAGUUCAGGGUUUUUUUUUUUUUUUUUUUUUUUGACUAAUUUGAAACUGAUUAAUUGAUUCUGUACAUGUUUUGGGCUAAUCUCUGAUGUGUGAAAAAUCCGGAUUUGUUGACCUCCUUUUUCCAUGCUAAUGUGCAUUGGAUGAUUUUGGUUUAACUGCUGAUACUCUCUGUAAAGUUAUGGAGUUUAAUUUUGAUUUACCAUCA